AUAUUUUAUUGUUUAGGUUUAGGUUCCACCCCGCCCACCACAGCUGUAGGACACGUGACGGACGGCAUGUCCAGGGCGGGUUAUCUAACGCACCCUCCCAUAGAUAUCUAUGCACCCUCCUCUCAGAGCAAAGGAAACGGGAUGCAUGUAGCUCCGGUUAACGGUACGACGGGUUUAAAACAGCUAAAUGCACCCCGCAACGAUGGCACAUAAUAACGUUAGACAACGGAUGUCAGUGUCAGCCGAAGCCAACUGCAACCGGUGUCGUCGCGCGGCGGGAACCCCGGCUCCGUGUCGGUUUGUUGUGUAGUUUAGCUACCGCAGCUAGCUAGUUAGCGGUCUGCUUCUUUUUCACGGUUUACCGGUAGUUAGCCGCGGGAGGAGACAGCUAACCGCCGCCCGGUCAAAGUUACGCUAAAUCGGCACCGGGACUGGCUAACAUGAUGCACGGAAGAGCGCUGCUGUGGGAGAACCGGGGCCGGUAGAGCUGCAGGAUGCGCUAGCGGAUGUAGUUAUUUAGCAUCAGGCCUGAGCACCAGCACACUUCCACCCUCUCCUGUGUCCUUGCUUCCUUCCCUACCGUGCUCCCUCGCUGACCCAGGAGUACAGACCCUCUCUACUUCCAUGAUCACAAUGGAGUCAGCCCUGAAUCCGCUGCCACAGUUCACAGAAAACUCCUAUAAAAUGACUGAGGAGGAUGUGAAGAGGCUGAUUGAGUUCAGGGCGUCCAACGAGGCUCUGUUCACAGGGAAAAGAAACUCUGCCAAGAUAGCGUGGAGCACCAUCUUAAAGGGCCUGGGUCUGGAGGGGAAGCUGACAGCUGACCAGAUUGCCAAAAAAUGGGACAACCUGCGGACAAAAUACAAGGACCUGAAGCAGCCCUACCAGGGUCAGGACAGUAUCGGGGGUGUCGUAGAGUCGUGGCCCUGGUUCCACAUCAUGGAUGAAGCCAUGCACGGUCGCCUCUACAACAGCAACCUGGUGCUAAGUCCAGAGACUGCUGGCAACGCAGGUCACCGCUGCAACAACCAAUCCAACCAGACGCAGGAGAACACAGAUAUCUUAGAGUUCCUCAUCAAGACGGAGAUGGAGGACACGGUGGCGCAGGAAGCUGCAGAGGAUGAUGGGAGGGUUCACACAGAGGCUCCUCCUGCUGAGGGAGUACCUAUGGGCUGGAGGAGGAUGACAGAGUGCUCCUAUAAAAUGACCGAACCAGAAACGGAGAGAAUGAUCAAACUUCGAGCUGCGAAUGAGGCUCUCUUCACUGGCAGGAAACAUUCAGCCAAACCAGCCUGGAGAGCCAUUCUGUACGAGCUGGGUCUUCAGGGGAAGCUGACCACAGAUCAGCUGGCAAAAAAGUGGGACAACCUGAAGAGGAGAUACAAGGAGCUGAAGUUUCCAGCUCGAGGUGUGGAGACAAACCCGAGUUCCUGGCCCUGGUUCUACCGAAUGAACGAUGCCAUGGAGGGACGUUUCGCCGGGUCCGCACCAAUCCUCACACCUAUCGUGGAAGAUGAAGACGAGGACUGUGAGCCGCUGUCGCCAACGCCUAAGAAACGGGCCCGCCGCAGCCGAGGCGGGAUGGCCGAGUUCUUGACAGAGUCGGAGAUGGACCUGCUGGUUGAUAAUGAAGACAAGAACGGAUCUGCAGCUCUCGGAGAGCUGCAGCGGAUGGCAGAGUUCACUUAUAAAUUAACGGAAGAAGACACCAGGCGACUAAUUGAGUUACGAGCUGCUAACGAGUCUUUGUUUACGGGGAGGAGGAACACUGCUAAACCGGCCUGGAGGGGCAUAGUGAAAGAGAUGGGUCUGACGGGGAAGAUAACACCUGACCAGGUCGCCAAGAAGUGGGACAACCUGAAGACCAAGUUCAAGGACCUGAAGUUUCCUCCUCGGGGGAUGGAGGGCCAGACGAACCCGGCCUCCUGGCCCUGGUUCCAGCUGAUGUGUGACGCUCUGGAGGGACGGCUUGUGGGUAAAGCACCCAGAGUGACGCCCGUCUGGAGCAGCGACGAGGACGCCGUCUUCGGCUCGUCUCCGCCUCCAGACAGAGACUGUUUGAUGGCGGAGAGGAGCAGCGUGUCGGAGCUGGAGAGCAUGGUGGGGGGAGACGCCACCGAGACGGACGGGAACGUGACCUACAUCGACGCCAGUGGAGAGGAGUGUUCGACGCCUUCAGACCUCUCUUAUAAAAUGACAGACCAGGACACAAGGAGGAUGAUUAAACUUCGAGCUGCUAACGAGUCAUUGUUCACCGGGAGGAGAAAUGCUGCCAAAGCUGCCUGGAAGGCCAUCCUGAAGGAGCUCGGGCUGCAGGGGAAAGUCUCAACCUACCAGAUGGCGAAGAAAUGGGACAAUCUGAAGAGGAGAUACAAGGAUUUGAAGUACCCUCCUGUCGGGAUGGAGAGUGUAGCAGACAGCACCUCCUCUUGGCCUUGGUUCCACCUGAUGAACGAAGCCAUGGAGGGCCGCCUGGCGAGCAGCGCUCCCCUCCUCACCCCCGUCACCCAGGAGGACGAUCAGCACCCCGACCCCGCCCCCAGACACAGGUCCCGGCCAGCCCCUCCCCCUCCGACCUCCUCCUCCUCGGACUACGGACAAGAGGCGUUCAGCGACGGCGGCGAGCAGAACCAGCGCGGCUCGGAGGCUUGCGACGGCCCGCUGGGAGGACUGGAGAGGGAGUGGGAGAUGGUGGAGAGGGAGAGGGCGGCACUGGAGCGAGAGAGGGAGAUGGUGGAGAGAGACAGAGCGGCUGUGGAGAGAGAGAGGGCGGCGGUGCAGGCGGAGAGGCUGUGGCUGGAGAGGGAGAGGGCGGCCGUGGAGCGAGACAGAGCCAUGGUGGAGCAGGAGAGGGAGACGCUGGGACGAGAAAGGGAGGUGUUGGACCAGAGGGCCUUGAUGCUGAACUCUGUGGGACAUUCUGGGCACCUUAACGCCCUCAUGUAGACCAACGUGUCUGGGGACGUAGACCGUCCCUGUAGAGACAUCCAGGCCUGUGGUGGCGGUCUGAAGAAUUGAACCUCACUGGCAGACGGCAGAGGCAAUUUAAACCUGGUACCCCAUGUUGGUCUUUCACACAGAGCUGGUCCUGGAGAAGUCCCCACCUAGGGACGUAGACCAUUUUAACAGGAGGGCUGCACAAGUAAUUAGCAUUGCCAAUUAUGAUCUUUCUUUCACCAGUUGUAUCAGGUUUGAUUUCACUUUUCGAGGCAGAUGCUGACAAGAUAUUUGAAUCUCUUUUACCAUGAGCAAUCUUGGUACAGAUCCCUUAGUCUUUAAUUUGUUGUUUUUUUAUAACUGUGACCAAGAUGCAUACUGAGUGCAACAUUUUUAACUCUGAAAGAUAAACCUGGAUUUUCUUGAAUAUAAUAUUGAAACCUCUAUUGAUUUCAUGGGAUCUUACAUAAUCCUAUAGCUCUACUCCAAAUAAUAAUGCUUUUAUUUAUGAUUUAGGUUAUGUUCACACUGCAGGCCUUUAUCAGACUCCAUUGUGAACUGAUCACGGCCCUGAAUUGACCCGAAUAGGCAAGGGAACAACAAGUAUGCUGUGUUUCCUGUAAGAGGCGGGGUGUGUGUACGUGUCUGUGGGGAGAAAGAGAGAGAGAGCGGGUGAUAUGCAGCAGGAGACGAGUGAUGUAAAAGUUUGAUGAAAUGCGACAUGACCGUUUAGACUGAGGUCGCUUGGAAAAACAGAUAUGUAUCCGAUUUAGGACCACAUAUGAAAGUGGCCUGGAUCUGAUUUGUGCUGUUCAGACAGUCACAUGAGCAAAAAAAAGAGAUUUGGGUCACACUUGCCUGCAGUCUGAACGUUUCCUUAGUCAUUAUUUAGUUACGUUUAAUUUUCUUGAAUAAGUGACUCAUGUUUAUUUAACAUUUGCUCCUACAUUUCUUGGAAAAGAGUCAUUCAGUAUUAAAAAUCAUUAAAGAAAUAAAAGCAUUAAAGAAAGGGGUCUUCAACUAAAAAAAGCAUUAUAGUCAACAAAACAACCAAUUAGCCUAAAAUUUUUAAGUUUGGCAAAAUGUUUGUGAUUAUUUUUUAUUCUGAUUCCCCUACUGCUUAUUUUUCACUGGAUUGGUCUUAAAUUUGUACUGAACAUCCAAAAUCCUAAGCAGAAUUUACAACAUUUAUUCAUGUAGCUGAAUGUUUUAAAGUAAUGCAUUCAAAUUCAAAUAUUGUUUUUUACUCAAACAAAGAAUCUUUAAUUUUCAAGAAUCAAUAUAUCUGUGAUAGCUUUCACUUUCUUGCAACCGAAUUUAGAUUUUUGUGAAGUAUUAAUACAUUUCUAUCACAAUCACGAUUUAUUUGGUCCUGCAUAAAAAAUUGUGUGGCACAGAUUUUGCCAUAGUAAGCUUAAGCUGAAAAAACUACUUGAGAUAUUUUGACUGUAUUUUCCUAAGACGUUGUAUUUAAUUAUAGGUCCCAUGAAUGUAAUAGAAGUUUUUGUCCAGGGCUUUGUCCAACAAUUU